AUGCCUGAACUUCAUUGUCAUCAUCAAGAAGGACUCAGCUUUUCUCAGAUCAGCCGGGUUAUCGAUGUCCCUGAUCUUAAAGAAAAGGUCUACAUCGUCACUGGCUCCAACACUGGCGUCGGUAAGGAGCUAGCUUGCAUGCUCUAUUCCAAAAACGCCAAAGUCUACAUCGCCGCCAGGUCCGAAGAGAAGGCCAAGACUGCCAUAGCCGACAUUACGAAGGCGCCACCCGACUCUUCGGGCUCAAUGGACUUUCUUCGUCUUGACUUGGCAGAUCUCACUACUAUCAAAGCAUCUGCCAAUAACUUUUUAUCCAAGGAAAAGAAGCUUCACGUGCUCUUCAACAACGCAGGUAUUCAGAGCCCCGACCCUGGGGUGACUGCCCAAGGCUACGAGGCGCAUCUUGGCGUCAACACUCUUGGGACCUUCAUGUUCACCAAACUUCUGACGCCAAAGCUUGUCGAGACAGCCAAGAGUGAGCCGGCUGGCACGGUACGAGUCAUCUGGGUGUCGUCUUCAGGGGCCGAGAUCUUGGGGGAAAAGUCUGUCGGCAUUCACCUAGAUAAUCUUGACUAUCACAUCGACAAGUCUGAGAUGUACAAGUAUGCCAUCAGCAAAGUUGGAAAUUACUUGCAUGGCGUCGAGUAUGCGAAGAGACACCGAUCCGAUGGUGUUGUCAGCAUCCCUCUCAACCCAGGCAACCUCCAGUCAGAUCUGUACAGGAAUCGGACUUCGCUUUUGUUCAAGUUUACGAUCAGGUUUAUGAUGUACCCUCCGAUAAUGGGGGCUUAUACUGAGCUCUACGCCGGAUUAUUCCCCGAUAUCACUCUGGAUAAAACCGGCAGUUGGGUAAUUCCCUUUGGCCGUAUUCACCAGAUCAGAAAGGAUCUCACCGAGGCCACGAGAACGGAGAGCGAGGGAGGCAACGGAACCGGUCUCAAGUUUUGGCAGUGGAGCGAAACGGAAGUGAACAAGUACCUCUAG